UUUUACAAAGAAAAUAAUAUACCACUUCCUCCCUCUCCUCAUGAACAAUUCCUCUCUCUCUCUCUCUCUCUCUAACCUCAGUUAACCCGCAAACCAAACAGAAAAAUAGACAGGUAAAAAAGGAGAGAGAAAACCCAUUCCCAACAACACGCGAAGAAACAAAGAAUCAGAUGGCCGAAGAAGGAAACUCAGCGGCACCCGAUGUUCAGCUCUUUAGGCUCCUUUCCGGUCUCCUUCAGCAGGUGGAAACAUUAACCAAUCAAGAAGAAGUUGAAUUGCGUGCCAAAAUAGAAGCACUUGGAUUGGAAGUGAAGAAAGUUCCUUCAAAGUCUGCAAAUGAUCUUAAUGAGAUGGAGAUAGCCAAGGAGUUGGAUAAAUUAUCGGCAAAGCUGGAUGACGUGGACGAGAUGAUAUCCUCAGCCAUGGCCGCAGACCCACAGGUGCAGUCUCUUUUGAGUAGUACAGCUGAUACAUGGAUGCCCGUCAUCACUGCUACUUCUGAUGAAAGGCGUAAUUUUAAAGCAUCAAUUGACGAAGAUGGUCAUGAAGUGAAAGGAAAAGAGUCUGAUUAAAUCAUUGUCGUCUUUUUUUUUUUCAAUUUCUCUUUGCCUCAAAUAAAUGUAAUUAUCUGUGUUAUGAAAGUUCUGCGGUUAAUGCAUUUAUGCUUCUGUCCCCAAUCUUUGUGCUUUGGCAAUGGAGAGGUUCGUCCUAAUUCCUACAUUAUUAUGGAAGGUUUUAUGUUGAUUUGCUGUC